GUCAGCGCGCGUGUCAGCCGUUGAAGGUCGACCGGCCUGAGUGUCGCGUCGAGUAAUCAGCUAACCGCAUGUGCUCUACCUCGGCUCGAUACCCCAUCACAAGCUACCCCAGCCGAACGAGUCGCCCGCCCAGGUCAUCAAAGCCGACGACGUCUCUCUCUUACUCUUCAAUACAUUUCUAUACUUCGUUCCAGCAGUGAGCCCUCAACUCUAGCAGCCAGCUACCAUACUUCUUACAAAGAGAAAGAGCAAGGAAACACGACGUCGCACGACAGGACGCGACUAAUCAGCAAACAAUGGCGGAAGCAUACCAAAAAGAGUUCUUCAACGUUUCGUUCCCAGCGGAAUAUGUUGCGCACGUUGAGAUCAACCGGCCGGAAAAGAUGAACGCGUUCAAAGAAGUCAUGUGGCUCAACCUCUCCGCCAUCUUCCGCCAACUCUCCCACGACCCCUCCGUCCGCGCCGUCAUCUUAACCGGCGCAGGAGACCGCGCCUUUACAGCCGGCCUCGACGUAACCGCCGCCUCAGAAUCCGGUCCCUUAUCCUCCUCAGACGUAGCUCACCAGGACACUGCGCGCAAAGCAAACGCCGUGCGCCGACACAUUCUAGAAUUCCAAUCCUGCAUCACCGACAUCGAAAAGUGCGAAAAGCCCGUCAUUGCCGUGCUGCAUGGGAUUUCUUUUGGUUUAGCCCUCGACAUGUGUCUCGCUUGUGACAUUCGCAUCUCUACCACUACCACCAAGUUCUCGGUCAAAGAGGUUGAUAUCGGGAUUGCAGCAGAUAUUGGCACUUUAUCCCGCUUACCUCACUCCGUUGGGAACUUGUCCUGGGUCAAAGAUAUUGCUUAUUCUGCCCGCAUCUUCGGUUCCGACGAGGCGCUCCAACAUGGUCUCGUGUCGAGCGUGUAUCAAGACAAGAAGGAGGCGGUAGGCAAGGCGUUAGAGUUGGCGAGCUUGAUCGCAUCAAAGUCACCAGUGGCUGUCCUAGGGACGAAAGAGAUUAUCAAUUAUUCAAGGGACAGACCGAUCAGUGAGGGGCUAAACUAUACAGCAGUGUGGAAUGCGGCCAUGUUGCAAACUGAGGAUGUCAAGGGUGCCAUGCUGAGUGGGUUGAAGAAGACGACACCCAAGUUCAGCAAGCUAUAGAUGGUCAUCAGGUAUAUGUCUUGCAAGAAGGG